AGGGAAGGAGGGAACCUGACGCAUUCAGUAGCAGACAGAGAGCGUUUUAAUCCGUAACAUUGAGCUGCUUAUGUGAGAGCGAAAAGUUUCGUGUUUUUUUUUUCGUUCUCGACGCGUAAAUCAUGUAGAAUAACCGCGCAGGUGCUGCAGCUGCGAUUUUAUUGAAGUUUAAUAAAAAAUAAAUAAAAAAGCUCCGGUGAGUGCCUGCGUUGAAUGCGACUUUAAAAGUACAGUUUGAAUAGAAAUUGUGCUAGGCGAUGUAGACGCGUUAAAACGUCCAGAACUGACUGUAAUUUUGGCAUGAAGUCCAUCAUGGAGGUCCGUCGAGCGCUCACGUGUGUUCUGCUCAGCGUGUUUCUGUGCGCAGGAGACGCUCAGGACUCGGUACCUGAUUCAGUUUUAAACUGCUGCGAGGGCGACGUCCUCGUCCUCCUGGAUUCAUCUGGUAGCGUGGCCUCCUACGAGUUCUUCCAUAUGGUGGACUUCCUCAAGGAGCUCCUGCUGCCUUUCUCAUUGGGGCCGGAUCAGGUGAGGGUGGGACUGCUGCAGGUUGGGACCGAACCCCAUCUGGAGUUCAGCUUUGACACCUACAGCUCCCAGGACGGACUGCAGGCGGCCCUGGGGAGGACUAAACAGCUGAAGGGCAACACCAACACGGUGGACGCUCUACUGAUGGCUAGGAAUCAGGUUUUGAAACAGGGUGUGCCGGGAGGUGCCAGACCAGAUCUGCCCAGGGUUCUGGUGUGGCUCACGGAUGGAGUGGAUCCCGGCGAGGUGCAGGAACCAAUGGCGAGGCUGCGAGAAGAGGGCGUGGCCAUACUGGUGGUUUCCACUGGCCACGGGAACUAUCAGGUGCUGAGAGAGGUUGUGAGUCCACCCGCCGAGGAGCACCUGUUCUUUGUGGACAUUGAUGAUAUCACCAUCAUCAGCGAAGACUUGAGGAACGCAAUUAUUGAGAUUAUCCGGGCCGAGAGGCUACAGGUGAAGUCGGUCACCACCACUACAGCUCAGCUGGAAUGGAGGCCUGUGUUGGCUGGCACCGGCUAUUAUGAUAUCCAGUUUGGUCCUAUCCGAACAGGGCAGACCGGAGGGACGGGAGGUUCAGGCACCAGUCCUGGCACUGGUUUGGGUCCUUUUCAGAGGAUCACGCGGCCCGGAGAUGCCAGCUCGGCUAAGCUGAUUGACCUGCAUCCAGACACCACGUACAGAGUCACGCUCACACCGAAAGCCAACCUGGAGUUCAACUCUCUUCAUGCCACCUUCACUACACUGCCAGAAGUGCAGCCAGUUGUGCAGACUCUGUCGACAGUGACCGUGUCAGAGUCCAGCACUAACAGUGUGCGUGUGAGCUGGGGUCCACUGCUGCCUCACCUCAUCCAGGGGUACCAGCUGGAGUAUUCAGCGCUUCCUACAGGCCCGCUGCGGGUCGUCAGCGUCAGUAACAGACAGAACACAACAGUCCUGACCGACCUCCAGCCUGACACACAGUACCUGGUCACCGUGAGCGCGAGACAGGCCUCCGGCAGAGAGAGAGCCAUGACGGUUAAAGUCUGUACACAGGAGGUGUUGCCAGCUCUCUCAGAUCUGCAGCUGACCACAGUGGGAGAUGAGUCAGUGCAGCUCCACUGGAAGGGAAGUUACGAUGGUCUCCGUGGUUACUGGGUCACAUGGGAGCGAGGUCAGAGCCAGCGCUCCACCCUGUACCUACCACCCAACCAGCUCUCCACCACCCUCAACCAUGUGCCCUCCAGGGCCCGCGUCUGCGUCUCUCCGGUGUACCGGACGGCCCGUGGGGAGGGACUCUGCUGCACUGCUUAAAUGGGCUCCGCUGCGUUGACCUGGAACUGUGGCGCACCGCUCUGCCAAACACGAAAGAUAGAGGGAUGAGCAACACCAAAAACUUCCCACAAAUGGACAGAUGGGAGGACAAGGGAGUCCAGGACACUGUAGCUGUUUGAAUAUUCAUCAUCCAUAGAUGGUGAUCUAUAAACACCCCAACACAACAUGCACUGACACGCAAACCCCAAACCAUGCUUCUAAUGCAGAGACUAAAUGAGUCUGAACUCAAAAGUGGCCUUCUGAAGAAUCAGAGAAUCAAAGGAAUGUUUUGUGUUCAAGUUCAGUGCUAUCCACGGCUGAGAUCUGUGCCUUGCUGUGCACUGCCGUAGACCAUUUUUGAGUUUAUAUCGCAAUUAUCUCAAAUAUCUCAAUCGCAAUUUAUAUCUUGAGUUUGUUUCUUGCAAUUCUGAGAAAAAGUACGAAUUGCGAGAUAUAAACUCACAAUUCUUUUUUCUCACAACUGAGAUUAUAUCUAACAAUAAUUUUUUAACAGAAUUCUGAGUUUACAUCAAUAUGAAAAAAAAAGUUGCUUCUUCCUUGCAAUUGCAAGAUUCUAUCUGACAACUUGGACUUUGUUUCUCGCAAUUUUGAAGAAAAAAAGAAUUGCAUGACAUGAACAGAAUUGGGAGAUAUAAACUCACAAUUCUUUCCACCACAGAAAGAAAAGGAUAAAUAAAACAGUUAAUUGAAACCUUCUUGCAACUGCAAGUUUAUAUCCCACAAUUCAGUUUUUUUUCUUUUCUUUUUUUUUCUCAAAAGUGUGAGGAAAAAAGUCUGAAUUGUGAGAUAAAGUCACAAUUACUUUUUUAUUCCAUGGCAGAAACAAGCUUCCAUACAUUUACAGUAAUGCACUUAUAAUAGAAGUCUAUGGGGCAAGACAUUAAACAGUCUAUUUUGAGAGAAAGUUACAGGGUUUACCGACUUUAUAUGGUCAUGAGAAAGAGACGGAUUAUUACUUUGACUAUAACAGACAAAAUUAGCAAUUUUAUCAUGCGGCUGUAUUUAAAACUGUGUGUAUUUUAACAUUUAUGUGCAAUUUCUUUUACCAAAGACUUUCAAUUGAACCCAUUAUAUUCAUUUAAAUUGCCAGAAUGUUUACUUAUUAGAUAUUUAAGUUUUUAUUAAGAGUUAUAUCGCCAAAGCAAUAGUUUGUAAAUAUCCUACUAAUGCUUUUUGAGUUAUAUUUAUCAGAGGUGUAGUUGGUUACUGUAUAUUCGAGAUUUCUCCAUACAGUUUGAAAUGGGAACAAUGAGACAGUUUUAGGGGGAAUCUGAAUGACUUCCAUCAGUUUUUUCUUUAAGGUCAAUGUUUAUAUUGUAAACGUGCUUGAGUUACACACGUUACCAUAAUUGCAGAUUUUGUCAGCCGUGAAACUCUGAAAACUGGCACGGAUCUUAAUCACUGUGGCUGAAGUACUAAGACUUCGCAGAUGUUGUUCACAGAUGUUUUGUGGUUCAAAAGGUCCAUGACUGGUUUGUUUGAAGAAAAGUGACUCUUUCAGUGGGUCAAGCUUUUCCCUGUGCAUGCAUACUGUAACUUCAAGAUUCAAGAUUUUUUAUAAACUCACAAUUCUUUUUUCUCACAACUGAGAUUAUAUCUAAGAAUUUUGAGUUUUUAAUUUUUUUAAUCAGAAUUCUGAGUUUUCAUCGAUAUGAAAAAAAAAAGUUGGUUCUUCCUUCCAUUUGCAAGAUUCUAUCUCACAAUUCGGACUUGUAACUUGGAUUUACCAUUUAUAGUAACUUGGAUUUAUCAUUUAUUGAAGUAAUGUUUUUCUCUGUAGUUAUGUCUUAACAAGCAAACAUGUUCGCAGACAUUUCAUUCAUACAGUCUUUAAUGAUGGUUUUCAUCCCAUUUCAGGGUCAUUAUGCAAGAAUUAGUAGCUAUUCAAAAAAUUCAGCAUCUGAUAUUUUCUCUCUGUUGCAACAUAAUGUCAAGCUGGGCUUUCUGCAUUAUGAAAAGGUGCUUGUUCAUUCCCAGCUUAGCUGCACGUCUUACACAUCACUGUUUUCACUGUUGUUAUUUUAGUUAUUAAAUAAUAAAAAAAGGAUCUAUUUCAA